GGGAACCAGACCCCUCCAAGAGCACCCCAAGGGAACCCAACCCCGGGCGUUCAUCUCAUUCACCAACCUUCCACUAGGUUACUCCAACAAAACGAGGACGACUUAUCAUCAUCGACAUCCCAUCCUAUCCCUUAAAAGGACGAGCCCAAUGCGGUCAACUCCCACCCGCUUUCUUUCCAGCAUCAACUCGCAUCUCUCUGCAGCAACAUCAAACAUGAAGCUCCUCUACCCCACCUCUCUCAAGCUGGACGUCUCCCAGAUCGAAGGAUUCCCUUCCGUCACGCUCCACCCCUACGACGUCAAGGCUCCCAUUCCCGAGGAGCACGUCGAUGCCGAGAUCCUCGUCACCUGGACCAACUCCUCCGACAAUCUCAAAGAUGCCGUCAACCGUCUGACCAAGCUGCGCUGGAUCCAGUCUCUCGCCGCCGGUCCCAAUGACGUUCUCAGCGCCGGCUUCGACACCUCCAAGGUUGCCGUCACCACCGGCUCCGGUCUCCACGACCACACCGUUGCCGAGCAUACCCUUGGUCUCCUUCUCAAUGCCGCCCGCAGAUUUUACGAGAUGCGGGAUUACCAGCUCCAGGGCAAGUGGCCCGGUCACCUCGGCGGUCCCCAGCCCGAUCGCCCCGCCGAUAGAUUCACCACCCUCCGUGACGCUCGCGUCUUGAUUUGGGGCUUCGGAAAUAUCGCAAAGACUCUCACCCCCUCUCUUGUGCAACUUGGAUCCCACGUUCGCGGAGUUGCCCGCCGUCAAGGUGUCCGCAAUGGAAUCGAGGUAUACUCUGAGGACAAGCUUGCCGAGCUUCUACCAGAGACCGACGCCUUGGUCAUGAUCCUCCCUGGCGACCCAUCCACAAGGCACGCUCUCAAUGCCGAGAGGCUGAAGCUGCUUCCCAAGCACGCCUGGGUGGUCAACGUCGGACGCGGCACCUCCAUCGAUGAGGAUGCCCUCUACGAUGCUCUAGUAGAGGAGAGGAUUGGCGGUGCCGCUCUCGACGUGUUCGAGACAGAACCUCUUCCUGAGCCAAGCAAGCUCUGGAAGGCCCCCAACCUUAUUCUCAGCCCACACGCGGCCGGCGGCAGGCCACAGGGUGCCGAACAGUUGAUCGUCGAGAAUUUGAGAAAGUUCUUGGCCGGUCAGCAGUUGAAGAACCUCAUUUAAGCGUUUCCUGAUUUGUUUGGAUUUUGGGAUUUGAAAAGAAAUAGCAUCUAUAAGGUCAAAGCGAUUUAUCAAAGGGUCGAAUAUAAUACACCAUGACUUCAAUCACCAUCACUCCCUGCGCCUUUUGUUUGGUUUUUCCAGAAAAUCCUUGUGCUCCCGCGUCUCGAGCGACUGUCCUCGCUUUGUCCGGGUUGCAGUUCCGGAAAUUGACAACAAGCUUACCAGAAGUUUACGAGUCUAGACUUUCGCACCCACCCGUUCAGAUUGCCCUCCUGUGGCUAGAAUCUAACGAGCAUUCCCGAAAAGCC